UGUCCGGGAACAGCGGUGCUGAAUCCCGCCGCGCGCGCUUUGAACUUCCCAGAAGCUGCGCGCCUCCCUGGCACCGUGCCUCAGGCGGACACCCAUCUGACACUGGACCCCAGGUACGCUAGGAGGGACCCACAUCCUUGUUUAACUCCCCUGGGGGCAAGCCGUGAGUCCUAGAGGGGAUAAUUAUUAUUUUAAUUCUCGCCGAGGACUAGAGUGCAAUAAUCCAAGGAUUCGGGAAACGAUUGCCCAAGCAAAGCGCCUCUUGGCAUUGAGGACGGCACGACCAAAGUUAAAGGCCAACAUUGUGAGAAUCUCCGCCUUAAACCAGCGGAGGAUCGAGAUUAAAUCAACAAGCCCCGACUGUACAGGACUACUAGAGACAAGAGAAGAACGAUUGUUCUUCAAUCACUGAAGCAUAGCUUGCAAUAGCAGCGUGAAGGGCAGCUUGCACUGUCCCAGGGGAGGAAGGACAAAGCACCCCUCAAGUAGAAGAAAAGACACGGGAAUUGCUGCGCCUUGCAGAGCUCCCUCUGACGACUGGUGUACCCUUGCAAAGUGCAAGCCCAGCAGCACCAGCGGAGGGUCGCUCGCAUCCGGCACCCGCCGCCUUAUGUGGUGCCUGGAGAGGCUCCGCUUGGGUCCCGAGCGCCUCCUGAGGGGCAGGAACGGGAUUCUUCAGGGUCGGGGCCGCCGAGUCCCGACCCUCAUGCCCGCCGCGUGGGAAAACGUGCUCACCCCGGACCGCAUCCCUGAGUUCUGCAUCCCCCCGCGACUCGCGCCCUGCACGGCCCUGGCUGCACUCCGGGUUUCCUGGAUCCAAGCGGCAGAAAUAGACAACGCCGCGGGGCACACAGACUGGGACCCGCGCUCGCAGGCCGCGCUCUCGCUGCCGCACCUGCCGCGCGCGCGCACCGCCUACGGCUUUUGCGCGCUGCUCGAGAGCCCGCACACUCGCCGCAAGGAGUCGCUCUUCCUCGGGGGCCCCGGGGCCGCCCCGCUCCUGCCCCCGGGCGGCCUGGCCGCGGGAACCGCCGAGCCCCGCGCCGUCGGCUGCCGCGUCAGCUUCGUCCUGCGGCCGCCGGGCAAGACGCGGCCGCAGCGCAGCGCCGUGGUGCGGCCGAGCCGCAAGGCCGCCUUCGACCAGGACGUGUGCCUGGACGGGCUGUCGGAGGACCAGGUGCGCCGCCUGGCCGUGCGCGUCAAGGCGGAGAAGCGGGGCCGCGGCCGGGAGCGGGGCCGCCUGCUGGGCCAGGGCGAGCUGCUGCUGGGCUCCCUGCUGCUCCCCUGAGGGCGCCCGGGCCUCGGGCCGUCUGUGCCCUCGGGGCGCUCUCCGCCCGCUGGGAACUCGGGCACGGACAGCCGCUCCGUACAAAAUUAAUGCUAUUUAUUUAUUC